AUGGGCAACUGCUGGCCCAAGCCCGUCGAUAAUCUCCCCACCGCUAACCUCACUCGGCCCACUAGCCCAGCCAACGGCCACGGCCGCCGCGGAUCGGCGGCGAUGGAUCAGGGAGGCGGAGAAGGGGCGGUUCCGGCGAGCGGGAAGAUCGUGACGCCGAACCUGAAGAUGUUCACGCUGGCGGAGCUGAGGAGCGCCACCAGGAACUUCCGGCCGGACACGGUGCUCGGUGAGGGGGGAUUCGGCCGGGUUUUCAAGGGGUAUGUCGACGGGAAGACGCUCGCGCCGUCGAAGGUCGGCGUCGGAGUCCCGGUCGCCGUCAAGAAGUCCGAUCCCGACAGCGAACAGGGCCUCAAGGAAUGGCAGGCAGAGGUGAAAUUCUUGGGUAAAUUUAGCCACCCAAAUCUUGUUAAAUUGUUGGGUUACUGUUGGGAGGAAAGACAAUUUCUCCUUGUCUAUGAAUACAUGCAAAAGGGAAGCUUAGAAAGUCAUCUCUUUAGAAAGGGUUCUGGAGAAACAAUACCAUGGGAAAUAAGGAUGAAAAUAGCAAUUGGAGCAGCUCGAGGGCUUGUUUUCCUCCACAACACAGAAAAACAAGUCAUUUACAGAGAUUUUAAGGCCUCCAACAUUUUACUUGACUCAGAGUACAAUGCAAAGCUUUCGGACUUCGGGCUUGCAAAGUCGGGCCCGGACAAUGGCAACUCACAUGUCACAACUAAGGUCGUCGGCACUUAUGGUUACGCUGCCCCUGAGUAUAUGGCUACUGGUCAUUUGUAUGUGAAAAGCGACGUCUACGGUUUUGGAGUUGUGCUUUUAGAGAUAAUAACGGGCCUGCGAGUGCUGGACCUCAGCCGGCCCAGUGGGCAGACCAAUUUGGUGGAUUGGGCCAAGCCUUUCCUGCCUAACAAAAAGAAGCUGAGGAAACUGAUGGACCCCCGGCUUCAGGGUCAGUACCCAUCAAAGGCCGCGUUCGGCAUAGCGGAGCUCAUACUAAAAUGCCUCGAGCCCGACCAGAAACUCCGGCCCGAUAUGGAGGAAAUUUUGUGUGAAUUGGAGAAGAUGAACGAAAUUCACAUGAAGCCCAAGGAGGUUAGGACCCAAGGGAAACAACACCAACAAAAUGGGGACCUCUAUCCCCGGUACCACGGUUGGGCCCACCACACGUACGAAGGAAGCAGUGGUGGUCGGGCCCAUGGGGCCGGCCCUCGGCAUCACAAUAAUGCGAAGGUGGUCCGGACUUAUUGA